UCUUGGGUUCAUUGGACUGACCACUGUUUGAAGAAUCCAUGAGUGAUAAUGAAUGGUUUAGUCUUUAGUUUAGUUUAUUUACGGUACCUGUGACUCUCAUGUCCAUGAUUGGAACUUCACAUACAGACAGUGGUGCGCACGGGGAUCGCAAAACAACUGCUAGCUAACAGGUGCAAAGUGACGCAACUUAAAAGUGAAUCAUUUCACACAAAUGGUCCAAAAGGACGGUAGCCAGCCGUUGUCUCCCGGUGCUCACCACUGCAUACGUCAUAUUUGUCCUUCACAGUUUCACGUUGAGACACUUUUUUACUGACUUUUACUAACUUUCUCUCCUUGUCUUUUCUUCAGAGGCCAAACAAAGGCCUUAUUACGCAGACUACUCCCCGCUGCGUCUGUCCGUCCACACACUGUGCACCAGCCACUACCUGGACCUGUUCAUCACCUUCAUCAUCUGCAUCAACGUGGUCACCAUGAGCAUCGAGCACUACAAGCAGCCGCAGUAUUUAGAGGAGGUGCUGAAGUACUGUAACUACGUGUUCACGUGUAUCUUCGUCAUCGAGGCUCUGCUCAAAUUGGUGGCGUUCGGCAUCCAGAGGUUCUUCAAAGACAGGUGGAAUCAGCUGGAUAUCGCUAUCGUGGCCCUGUCCAUCAUGGGCAUCGCACUGGAGGAGCUGAAAAUGAACGCAGCGCUGCCCAUAAACCCAACCAUCAUCAGGAUCAUGAGAGUUCUCAGAAUAGCACGAGGUGGAGCGCACGUCCACUCAUUUGAAUUCGGCUGUGACGUCCCCUCCUGUGUCUCUAACAACUGCUCUCUCUCUCUCCCUCCCCCUCUGUCUCUCUCUGCAGUGCUCAAACUUCUGAAGAUGGCCACAGGGAUGAGAGCUCUGCUGGAUACUGUCAUGCAGGCGCUGCCACAGGUGGGAAACCUCGGUCUCCUCUUCAUGCUGCUCUUCUUCAUCUACGCAGCCCUGGGAGUGGAGCUGUUUGGCAAACUGGAGUGCAACGACAACAACCCGUGUGAGGGCUUGAGCCGACACGCGACGUUUGAGAAUUUCGGAAUGGCCUUCCUCACACUGUUCCGAGUGUCUACAGGUGACAACUGGAACGGGAUUAUGAAAGACACACUGAGGGAGUGUCAGGAGGACGAACGCCACUGUCUGUCCUACCUGCCCUGGGUCUCGCCCAUUUACUUUGUCACCUUCGUACUCAUGGCCCAGUUUGUGCUGGUCAACGUGGUGGUGGCCGUUCUGAUGAAACAUCUGGAGGAGAGCAACAAGGAAGCCAAAGAGGACGCAGAGAUGGACGCAGAGAUCGCCCUAGAAAUGGCCAUGGAGCAGGAACGCAAACUAAGCACAACGUCCAACAGCAGCUCGGUGGAUGGAGCUUAUGUUGGACCAUGUCCACAGUCGCCUGGAGAGGACGAAGAAGUGCAGUACAUAAACCCUGAGCUGCUCUCACCCAGAAAAAUGUCCGUUUCCAGGAUGCACUCUCUACCUAAUGACAGCUACAUGUUCCGCCCUGUGAGGCCCGCCAGCGCCCCCUAUCCUUUGGAGGAGAUUGAUUCCCAACAACAUCAUUCAGGCUCGGUGACGUCGGUUCACUCCCAGCCCUGUGGGGGUCGCGCUCUGCUCCAGGUACCAGACGCCUCGCCUGCUCGUCCUCGCUUACCUUCCAACCUUAUUCCACCCCGCAUCGCCCCACCCUCACCCAGUCCUUCUCCACGUGCCCUGCGCAGACAGGUCGCUGUUAAAUUGGAUUCCGUGGAGUCACAGAGUUGUGAACAACAGGAGAGACCAAACCCCGCCCAGCUGCCUCCCCCGUCCCCUUCACAACUCUCCCCUCAAACAUCCUCUCCAUCCCCCCUUCCUCCUCCGCCUCCCUCGUCACCGAUGGCCCUCUCGCUCCCACCCGGCUCUGCCUCUGCCUUCCCCCUUCCGCCCACCUCUCCUGCUCAUCUGUCGGCUCUUCUUCCGGCUCUUCCUCCUCCGCCUCCUUCCCCAUCACUACUGCUGCCUCCACCUCCCUCCCCCCGUCACCCCCUGCGCUCCCCUGGCCUUCAUAGACCCAGACCAUAUUCCUCUACUUCGGUCCGUGACCCGGCUGACGAGGAGGUGUGUCACAUCACCAGCUCAGCCUGCCACAGGUGGAGGGAAGAGGAGGGGGAUGGACUGGAGAGCAGAGGGAAGGUGGGACGCAGCCACUCCCUUUCUCCUUACACCUCCCCUUACUCCCUGGACUACUCACCUCCUCCUCCUUCCAUGCUGCCAUCGUCUUCAUCAAAAAGCACACUGAACCUGCUUCAGGUGGGACUGAAGGACCGAGACUUCAGGAAGGGCUUCAGCGUCGACAACCAGGGUUUCCUGGAGAAGCCGGCGUCGCUGUCGGUCGGUUUCCCAGAGGAGCAGCGACGCCACUCCAUCGAGGUGUGUCUGCCUCAGAGCGGAGUCGCUGCCGAUGACCGAGCCUUUGAGCAGGAGGUCCGCAGAACGGAGAGGGGAGGCCAAGCAUUCCCUGUGAGGGUGCAGUCGGUGGGAGGUGGGCACAGGAAGAAGAAGAUUAGUCCUCCCUGUAUAUCUAUCCACCCGCCCUCAGAGAGAGAACACCUGCAGCCGGCCUCACCCCCGCAGCUGACGGCCGACUGCAGCAUGACGCUGAGACGCAGGACGCCGUCCUACGACUUGACCCAUCACACACCCUCAAAAACACACACCCAGGACGUGUUGGCGGACACACAGAUGUUGUCUCCGGUGCACGCAGCAUUGGCGCCCGUACCCAUAACAAUACAAGCCCUCUCACCCACUCAUACACUCACACCCUCACGGGCGUCCACUCCGGUGCACAUGCAGUCGUGCACGCCACCGCACCCUUCCACACCCACGCACUCUCACAUCCCCAUCAGCCCACACAUCUUCAUUCAGCCUCAUGCACCUCUGGUCCCAAACCCGAUGCCUUUCUCACAGACACACUCCCUCUCCCCCAUCCAGAGGCACGCCUCACUCUCAGGGGACUGUGUCCCCCUCCCCCAGUUCACCUUUGACCAGCCACAGUCCAGGUUCAUGAGUGGCCUGUCAGCUGGCCUGUCAGACACUGACACCGCCACCUGCUCCUCACCUUUCGACAACAGACUGGGAGGUGGCGCAGGAUUUAGUGCAAAGAACCGCAGGACCGCCCAGUGAACGUCGAGCGUUGCCUUCAGGAAGUCAUUUAUUUGGUCCUUAAUCUCUGGAUUAACCGGCAAAAGUUUGAGGAGGAGGAUUUUCUUUUUGUUUUUGUUUUGAUUUAAUUCUUCAAAGACAUUAUUUACUCUUUUUAGAGAGCUGCUGGUAAAGCCCUGUCCUCGAGUGGUGGAUAUAAAGGUGGAUCAGAGAUUCUUAACCGAGCACGGAGGACGGCAGAUCCACUGAGGCUGCACCGGUCGGACAGAAUCCACUGUACAUUGUGUGUUUGGACUAAUACGAACAACACACACACACCGAGACUUAUCGUAAGCCACCAAACUUCGUAGCCAAAGUUUUUUUGACACACUGUACCUUCCCAUGCAAGCCAAUCAGGAAGCAGCGUCUGGCUGAUGACCUCUGACCCUCGCCCGGGAAGUGGUUUCUGACAUGCGAGCAUGGAGGGAAAUGUGGGAUAUGCAACUUCAGGUUUUCUACAGGAGUUCUACUUGCCCCUCCUCUGCUCCUUGAUCACAUUGAUCAGAGCAGUGUGUGUGUGUGUGUGAGAGAGAGAGUGGGCGUGCGUCUGUUUUCCUACGUGUGCGUUCUGUCAGGUCUGUCGUCCUGUGAGUUGAUUGCGUUCUUCUUCUGCCUGCGACGACAGGGCGGGGAGGUAGGGGUGUGGGGGGGCAGAGUGGUCGUCUACAUGUCUCUGUGUGUUGUAAAUAAAGGAAAAUACUGUAUUUGGUGAGAUUAAAAAAAAUAGCUCUAUCCAUAUGCACAUAUUUUUAUAGGAAUCUGAGAUGUUUUUGCACACAAAUUUAAAUUCCCACUUGCUUGUUUUCCUUUCCUCGUUGUCCUCCCGUGAAUGUAUGUUUCUCUUCAAAACCGAAGGAGCAGUGAAGGGGAUCAACUCCACCCUUGGUCCGCACCGCUGCGGCCGCAGGGCUGAGAUUUUAUUUUUCUAUUUUGAAAAAAAGAGAAAAGAACAGGGAUGUGAUGUGUUUCCGUAGCUUUGUCUCAGACUUUGUAUGUACGUAUGUGGUGUCUAGAUAACAGUUCUGAAAGGCAGGCUGAGUGAUGCCAGCCCCAAGAAUUAUAUAUAUAUAUUUUUUAACUGGAUGAACAGUUGAUCAUUUUGGCUUUAACUCAAAUUGAUAUCACCCAGUUUUAUACAAAUCACCUUUUCUUAUUGGCCCAAAUACACUGGAAAUGUGGCCUUAACACAGCACCUGUAAUCAACAAAGUCUAAAGGAAACGGCAUCACUGAACCUGUGUUUGUAAAAACUGUUUUUGAAGCUGAAUCAGCUCCGACACCACGCAGUGUUUCUGUACAUCCAAUGACAACCAAACUAUCUAUCUAACUUAAUAUGUGUAGCCAGAGUGCAAUAAUGAUAAUAUAUACGUGUGGUGAGGCUAUAUGACCAGACCACACUUGUGUUCGUAUAUACUGUAGACCUAAUAUAUAUGAUAUGAAAAAAAAACACGUUUUUAUACCACGUUUACGAGUGUUCCCCGCUGUUCCUGCGACUCCUGGGCGGGGCCGUGGUGGCACAGGUGCGGCUGGCAUCAGUGCGAGGAACCGUAGGUUGUUAUAAAAGCUCAGGCCUUUUCUGCUGAAGGUCGUUCUACUAAUUAUGGAAGAGUAACACUGAGGACCCCAUAAUAAGGCAUAGAUCUUUUCUUUGUAAUAAAACAUCAGGUCUGCAUGCGUUUUUGUGUUUAAAGUCACAGUAGAUGACGUUUGUCCCGAACGAACUCCUGCAUCCUGUUGUACUCUGACAUGUACGGAAGUCAACAAACUUUUCUUUUUUUUUCUUUUUUUUUUUCCUCUCCUGUUUGACUGAAUGUUUUUCUUAUGAAGCCAUACUGUUCUAUUCAGACUCAGCACAAUAUAAAUGUUUGUUUUCUGCACAAUCUGGUCUGGCACAGGAACGGAGUCUGCAUGUGUGAGAGCUGCUGGUGACGACCGUCCUCCUUCUCUAAGGCAGCUGGCUGUGUUGACACGGUCAAAAAUGGGGUUUUACCGUCCGUUGAUUUUAAAUAAUAAUCUUUAUCAGCAUGCAUAUUAUAUUAUGAAUAUAUACAAAAACCAAAGUGCUUUGAAAAUCAUAAGUACUGCCAGCUUCAACAAACACGUCUGCUUUCAGUGGUUGGAAUUGGUUCACGAAGCUCCGGUCUUCAGUUUCUAGGAGUUUAAGGCAGUUGGAUUUUAUUUUAUUUUUUCUCUAUCUCAUUUUAUUCUGUUUUAUUUAAUAUUCUUUAAUUUAAUUAUGAGUUGCUUUUUUAUUUUAUUUUAUUUUUAGUUCUUGUUAAGUCCAGUGUUAGCAGUCAUUCAAAUACCAUUGUGUUUUGUUUUAACCCUGCAGAGACAAAGAUCUGGAACAAAAACAAAAACAUUAUUUUUCAUUUUCCACAUCUUUAUUCAAGACAUCCUACAUCUCCCAAACAGUGUGUACGUAUGUGGCAAGGUUUAAAAAAACAAAAAUCCUGCGUGUCUAGUUUACUUGUGCGCUCAUGUUAUGGACCUCCGUGUGUGUGUGUCCAUGUUAUUGGUCAGAUAAACACACUUCUACCCUGCAGAAGUUAAACAAAGAAAAAACAACUUUAAAAAAAUCAGAAGCAGGAAAUGUUCUCGUUGUCGUCUUUGUCGUGUACAUACAGAGGCGCAGUUGACCUUUGACCACAGUUGCGUACGUGUGUCUUCUGAACGUGGAUCAAAGUCAUUUUUAUACUGUAGUUGAUCAAACAUCAAACACACGUCACUGUCCAACCACUUUGUCCUACGUCACGUCAUCUUCCUGCACAGACUUGUCAACAAGGAGAGUGUAAGGACGCCCCCUACCGUCAGUUUAUGACCUGCAGCAGACGCCCCCUUUCCCCUUAUUUUGAGCAUAUUGCCAUAAUAAACAAUACAGUUUGGUAGAGUGACUGCAUUAGUGUUCUUAAAACUUUACGGAUCUCUGGGUCUCAGUAUUUGACUCCUGUUUUUCGAGGAACCACUUUGACUACUGCAUGUUCUGAUUUUUGAAAAUGUAGAAAAUACUU